CAAGAGGGGUGGAGGAGAUGAAUGAUGAAGCAAGAGCAGAGGAAAUCAGCAGACAUGCUAUAGCAGAUGAUGAAGAGGUUCCAAAAGGUGCUCUUUCGGUUCGCAAAACAGAUCAAGCAGGCAGAGGCGUAUUUGCCGCUAAACCGUUACAAGCUGGAAUGCUACUUAACGUGAGUCACGUCCUCCUUUUUCCCGCUGAUGAAUACCAAGAGCAUGGCCGACAUACACAACUGGACAAUUACACCUACAUUUGGAGCAAAGGAAAAGAUGGCUCAACCAUGGCUUUGGCAUUAGGAUUAGGAUCUCUCUUUAAUCAUUCUUAUGAAUCUCCAAACGUAUCUUAUACAUUCGAUCGCGCAAAAGAAACUAUACGCUACACCUUGAUGAAGAAUGUAGAUGCCGAGACUGAACUUUGCAUCUCAUACGGAAGCGGAAAGAUGUGGUGGGAAGCAAAAGAUGAAAGUCAAACAACUAGAGAAGAUUCUGCCGAGCGAGAUUGGAUGGAAGGAUUUGCAACUAUUUCAUCAUGA